AUGACACCGCUCCCCAAAUCCCUCGGCCCAAGAUCAACAUUCCUCCGACCGCGACCGAUAACCCCCGGAUUCCACCCUUUGCGCCGACCUCGCUGUCACCGCUAUAAGUCUGAUUCUGCGUCGGGGAAUAAAACACAUAAAAAUGCAAGCACAAACACAGUAUGCAAUAUGGGAUCGAAUGCUACACAGUCACACUCAACAUCACAUUUAAAUCACCAUGCCUCGCCUCCGCCAAAAGAUACACCCGCCGCAUCAGCAGGCGCAGCAACACCACCCAUAAAACAAUCUCGCACCUUCGGCGUUCGCAUCCGCGACUCGAUCAAGGCUGGCCCCGCGGGAAAACUAGGAAGGUGGUAUGCGCGCGUGCAACAUGAAAGGCCAUAUACGACGCAGUUCUGGAGUUCGAUUGUUAUUUAUCUCUGUGGAGAUUUGAGUGCGCAGAUGCUUUUCCCCGCUGAGAUUUUGCCCGAGAAGGGAGAGAAAGGCGAUGCGCAGACUGGCCAGACUGGCCAGACACGGACACAAGCCGCUGUUGGAGAUGGGGAGGACGAAGGGCCCAAGUAUGCUGGAUAUGAUCCGUAUAGAACGAUGCGACAUUUGGUUGUUGGGGCUGGGUCUAGUAUUCCUUCUUAUAACUGGUUCCUAUUCCUCGGUAACCACUUCAAUUACCCCAGCAAAAUCCUCUCAAUCCUGACGAAAGUCGUCGUCCAACAAACUUGCUUUACACCCGUCUUCAACACAUACUUCUUCAGUGUGCACUCCCUCCUCGGCGGUGCGACUAUGGAAGAGACCUACGAGCGCCUGAAGAAGGCUCUGCCUGUUUCUAUCACGAACAGUGUUAAGCUUUGGCCGGUUGUUACGGCGUUCAGUUUUAUGUAUAUACCUGCGCAGUUCCGGAAUGUGUUUUCUGGUGUUAUUGCUGUCGGGUGGCAGACUUAUUUGUCUUGGUUGAAUCAGAAGGCUGCUAAGGAGGUUUUGUUGGCCGAGAUUGCGGAGGAGGAGAGGGUUAGGGGAUUGGUUGGGCCGGGGGGAAUUGAAUUGAUUGCUGGGGCUGUCACAGACGAAGAAGAAAUACUAGACGACCUCCUCAAAGCCGCCACGGAAAACGCGACCGUCCAGCCCGCCACUCCAACCCCAAGCUCGACUGCAAUCCCGACCUCCCCGAAACAAACAUCCACAAGAUCGGACAUCCCCGAUCCGGACAUUGCCACUCUCUCUCUCCGGCGGCAAUUGCAGCCCUCGUUGCCGAUAUUGAGGAUGGCGUUGGCAUUGCGCAACCGGGUACACCUACACGUGCACAGUUACCAAAGGUGCUGGGCCCGGAAGGGCCCCGUUCACCAUGGCGGUCAGGCCAGGGUAAAUCAGGUCGCAUGGGCGGGUUCAGCAGGAUGGCGAGUGGCAGUCCGCGCGCUAGCAACAGCAACAGGGCCAGCCCGCUUGCGUCUACCGAAGCGAUUAGUCGAGCACACCAAUUCAACAGAAGGCAGAACGAUAGAGCGCGAGCGUAGCGCAGCGCGCGAACAGGAAUGGAUCAAGCAGGACCCAGCUGUUAAAACACUCGACACACGAUCACCCGUCGAACGAUUCCGCAGAGCACCUAAUAAAGCGUUCUCCGUUACGGAUCUUGUUUCGCCUGCUUGGUGCGAGCUGCAGUAUUGGUAUACCCUUACCAAGCAUGGGCGGAAGAAGCGCACGCCUGCCAUGCUACGCGGGAGUACUGUGCAUAAAACUCUUGAAGAUGAGAUAUAUACCACUGUCCCUGUGGAGAUUUCGACGAAGGAGGAUGCGUGGGGUCUUCGGGUUUGGAACAUUAUCCAAGGACUGCGUAUGCUGCGUGAGUAUGGGGUUACGCGGGAGAUGGAGGUUUGGGGGCUUGUUGAUGGGGAGAUCGUCAAUGGGGUUAUAGAUCAGUUGUCUUAUGAGUGUCCUGAUUCUGGACUUGAGGGAACUGCUGCUGGGUUUUAUGCCGAUCUUGCUGCUUCCAGAGUUGCUUUGCCUGAGUAUCAGAUGUCAUUGUCUGACUUUUUGCUUUCUUCUGCGCAAGGCGGGAGGAGUCUUUCUGAGUGGGGACAGGGUGGUGGCGAGGAGGUGCCUGGUCCGGAGAAGAUGGAGCAGGAAUUGCCUACGGAGGCUUAUAGUCUUCCUCGCGUUUACUUGACGGAUAUUAAGACCAAGGCUAGUCGGUCUAUACCGACUGUUAAGAGUACUGGGUUCCGGCCUACUCUUCUCCAAUUACAGCUCUACUAUCAUAUGCUGAACCGUCUCAUCACCAGCGAUGACGUGACGAUUGACAUCCUCGCCGCUCGGUAUAACUUCAGUCCGGAGAGCCCAUUCACAAGUGCAUUUGUCUCAGAAGUCGACGGACUAAACGACGAAUUUUUUGACGCCCUCUCUUCUCAAGAACACGAAGCAAGUCCAACAUCAAACGCAAAUAACCCAGCCUCGAACCCACCAGCCAAUCAAGACUCAACCAGCAUCCUCAUGACACACAAUACCCUCUCCCGUCUAUGGGCAUUCAUGAUAGACCAACUCCGCCUUACAUUCCUUCCAGAAACAACACUCACAACCAUCGCCCCAUCCAUCCCUGCAACCACCCAACCAGACCUCCUGGAGGAAUAUCAAACCCUCCUCUCCCCCGUCCUCACAGCCCGAUACCUCUCCUCUGCCGUCGAAGAAGAAUCCGCUUCCCGCCAUCUGGGAAGUCGAUCCUUCCUCUACGAUCCUACAACCAUGACCUCGUAUCUCUCCGACCAGAUGACCUGGUGGCGUGGCGAGCGUGAUCCGUGUGGAGUAGAGAUUAUGGAUGCGUGGAAGUGUCGGAUUUGCGAAUUCCGGGAUGAGUGUGAGUGGCGCCAGGAGCGGGAGUUGGCUUAUGCUAGACGGGGUGGGAGGAGGAGAACCAGUGAUUCGGCGGAUAUGAUUGAUUCCGAGUAG